UGCAACUUUGCAAAUCUGCAAAUAUGGCGGACUUACAAAUGCAAGUAUUCCAAAAAGUAUCUGCAAAUUCGCAAUAUUUAUUGUGAUUUAUUGCCCCCAACAACCCUAAACCCAAAUUUGGAAUACGAAAACUUGAUAUUUGCAUGUGUAAGUCAGUCAUAUUUGCAGAUUUUCAAAGUUGCCGCCAUAUUUGCAAAUCUGCAAAGUUGCAGACGUUCUGUAAUCUCACCCCUAAUAAAUUUCUUGGUGUUUGUGGUUCUAUGUCAAUAUGACAGUUAAGGCAAGUUAAGGUUAUGUAUAUGUUGACAUUGUUGACGUUGGUGAUAACAAAAAAAUUAAGUAAAUAUGUCAGCUCCUUUAUUAAAAUCACUUUUCCCUAACGAAGAAUCUGAAGAAUGGACAUUUAAUAAUCAAAAUCGAGAAUAUUUAACAAAACUUGGAACAUAUAAAAUAAAGAAUUUAAAAAAUGAACCAGAUCGACUGAAACAGGAAGCCCUUAUAGUGCAGGAUCAAAUCCAAGAAUUGGCUAUUACGAAUUAUAAAACUUUCAUAGAAACAGCAUUAUGUUCGCAAGAACUGUUUUUUAAAUUUGGCGUUAUAGAGGAAAAAGUAAACGAUCUUCUUGAGGACGUCCCGAAAUUUGAAAAAUCAUGUGAAAAUUUUGCAACUACCUCAGGUGAAAUAAAUGUUCUAAGAAAAACUGAUUCAACUACUCUUGCUAAGAGCGCACAGAUUUUAGAAAUUCUAGAAAUUCCUCAGUUAAUGAACUCAUUUAUUAGAGAUGGGUUAUAUGAAGAUGCUUUGGAACUAUGCAAUUACGUUAGAAAGUUGCAUUCUAAACAUUCUGAUGUUCCUUUAUUUAAAACUAUUAAUGAUGAUGUUAAUAAAGUCUGGAUUCUUAUGCUUCAUCAACUUCUUUCUCAACUUAGACAGGAUCUGUCUUUACCUAAAUGUUUACAAAUUGUUGGACAUUUAAGAAGAAUGGAAAUAUUUUCAGAACCUGAAUUAAGGUUGAAAUUCCUACAAGCGAGAUCGCACUGGUUGGAGCAACAACUGAAUUCUUUAAGCCGAGAUGAUUUGAUUGUGCAUUUAACGAAAACUGUUGAAAUUACUAGAGUGAAUUUAUUCAAUAUUCUGACUCAGUAUACUGCUAUUUUUAAUGACGACGAACAUAGUCCAUUAACUGUAUCACAAUCUAAAACAACAAAUCAAAACAUUAUUUUUAAAAGUUGGCUGCAACACCGCCUCUCUUAUUUUCUUGUUACACUAGAUGAAGAUUUGAGUACUGCUACUUCUUUUGAGACUAUCUUUGAUCAGUGCAUGUACUUUGGUUUUUCCUUUAGGAAAGUCGGUUGUGAUUUCAGGCCUUGGAUAAUUCCGAUAUUCACGAAGCAUAUUCAUCAAAAUUUCGUAAAUUCAGUCACAACAGCAGAUAGAAAUUUUAUGAGGAAUAUAGAAAAAUUUACGUUAAUCGACAAGAAAACUCCAUCGAUCCCUUGGAAACAUAACAAAGAUGAUGAAAUUAGACCGCCAGAUAACCUAUUAGAAUUUUAUCCAUUAGCUGAGUACAUCAACAAUAUUUUAAAUGCUUUAAAUCAACUGCGAUUAUGUCCUCCUAUUGCUUUGAUAACUGAAGUCGUAGAAACUCUGGAAGCUUCCAUGGUACUCAUUGCAAAGUCCCUACAGAAACUCUACAGCCAGGAGCAGCAAGCCUUUUCUGUUAACUCGAAAGACGCCUUUACAAGAUUGUGUAUGUGCUUUUCUGACGAUCUCUUACCAUUUGUGCAAAAGUGUAUUCAUAUUAUUUAUCCACCAAGCCAUAUUGCUACAAAAUUGGGAGUUAGUGUUAAGGUAUUACAGGAAGAAAGCAUUACGUUUUUAAAUAAGGAUGAUAUUGUUGCACCUAUUAGUCAUUCUUUACCUGUUAGGAUUGAACCUGAUUUAACUGUAGAAACGAAUUAAAUUAUUGUGAUAAAGAAAUUAAAAAAAAACUUAUAAGUGUAUAAUUAAUUUUUUCCACCGUUACACAAGUGUCUGGUCCAGGCCCGGAUCAAGGGGGGAGUGGGUGAUGUUCCCCUGAAGGUGGCUCAGGCAAUUUUGAUAUAAAAAAUGACAAUAUAUCGAAGCUCCAAAGUGAAUACCCAAUAAGUAAAAAUUUAGAUAUUGGCGUCCAAAGAG